GUCGAGAUAAAAACAUUCCACUGACCGAAUAUAAAUAUCAGAACUCUUUUUCUACACUCCCAGUUCCGGCACCAUGAAAGUCGUCGUCAUUGUUCUAGCUCUGGCAGCCGCAGUUUCGGCGGGCAUUCAACACAUUAAGGUUGUCGAUCCUUUCGUCGAGAAUUUAAAAUGGGAACCCAACCCCCGAAUUGUCAACGGUCAAGAAGCUAUCCCUCAUUCUCUCCCCUACAUGGUUUACAUUCUAUUUAUGGCUUCCGGUUCUGCGUGGAUGUGUGGUGGUGCUCUUCUUUCUGAAAAUUAUGUCCUAACAGCAGCUCAUUGCGCAAACGGAGCCGAAACCACGUACGUGACUCUCGGUGCCCACAACACCUCAGCUAGAGAAGACACCCAAAUCAGACUAACCGUUCCCGCUGCAAAUCUUAAACUUCACGAAGAAUACGUUUCAAGCGAUAUAGCGAAUGACAUAGCAGUCAUCAAACUUCCGUCUCCUGUUAGUUUUACCGAGGCCAUUCAAACUGUUCGUUUGCCGUCGAAAGCUGAUGUCGUAGACGACUUUGUAGGUGCUGUGGCCACUGCCAGUGGUUGGGGUUUGACAGAUGGUACGUCAACUACUGCUUCCCAAGUACUUAAUUACGUAAAUAUGGACGUUAUUUCAACCGCGGAAUGUCGGCUGUACCUUGGACCAACAGUACCCGAUAAAAGUGUAUGUACUUCGGGAUUGGACCAAACUAGUGUUUGUCUGGGAGAUUCGGGCAGUCCUCUUGUUACGGAAGGUGUGGUCAUUGGAGUGUCUGCGUUCGUGGCAAAAGGUUGUCUUUUGGGGUAUCCGUCUGGAUGGACGAGGGUUACGGAUUAUUUGGACUGGAUAGCGGCAAAUACAGAUGUUAAAAUUGCCUGUUUGUGAAAAGGCUUUGCCUAAAUAAAGAUUGUCGUUCAUCGACCUACCUUAAAUAUAACUUGUGAUUUCUACUAGUACUAUCAAUAAGCUUUGACUUUGUAUAUAAAUGAGGACACAAAAUAAUAAUAAAUUAAUGUUAAUUUUAA